AUGGCAACGCUUAUGGAUGUGAAGACCAGUUUUGUGGUGGUCCUUUUGCAUUGCUUUCUUUCCUUAGCUACUCUCUUUUGCAUAUUUGCAUUUGCUCGUGGAAAUCCAAAUGUGCCUUGCAAAGUGAGAGAAAGAGAAGCCCUCCUCACCUUCAAACAAGGUCUCAGAGACCGUUCGAAUCGACUCUCAUCUUGGAUUGGCGAGGAGUGUUGCAUGUGGAGAGGAAUUGGCUGUGACAACAUAACCGCGCAUGUCAUCCAGCUAAAUCUUAGAAAUAAUCUAUAUGAUGAAUUUGCCGGAGAUGAAGCUUUAGAACAAUCACAGUUACGUGGGGUGAUAAGUGAUUCUCUAUUCGAAUUAAAGCAUCUUCACUAUCUGGACCUAAGUGGGAAUAAUUUUACACAUGCUCAUAUUCCAAGCUUUUUUGGUGGCCUCCAGAAUUUGAGAUAUCUAAAUUUGUCAUUUGCGGGUUUCGUGGGUACAAUUCCUCAUCAGCUGGCAAAUCUCUCCAACUUGCAUACUCUUGGCAUUGGAGGUUUCUCCUUGCAAGUUGACAAUCUUGAAUGGUUAUCUCAUCUUUCUUUGUUGAAAUUUCUCGACCUGAGUUACGUCAAUCUUAGUAAAGCAUCCAAUUGGUUACAGGUGAUGAAUAUGCUCCCUUCUCUAUCUGAGUUACACUUGUCUAGUUGUGAACUCGAUAAAUAUGAUCAUGUUCCUUAUGUUAACUUUUCAUCUCUCACUUUGCUCGAUCUUUCAAGCAACAACUUUGUUUAUUCAACUUUUAACUGGAUGAAUAGUCUCACGUCUCUUGUUACACUUGAUUUAAGUUACAAUCUCAUUCAGAUUCCACUUACAGUUGUCCAUAACAUGUCUUGUUUGAGAAAUCUAGAUCUCUCACGUAACAACUUCUCUUCCACAGCACUUAACUUGUUCUACAAUAUAACUACUCUUGAAAGACUUGGUCUUGCAUAUAACAAUAUUCGAGGUGUACUUCCUAGAGCCCUUGGAUCCCUUUCUCGAUUGACGCAUCUUGACUUGUCACUCAAUCACCUUGAUGGAAAGAUACCAAGAUUCUUGGGAAACUUUUGUAAUCUCCAACUUUUAAGUUUAUUUAUGAACAACCUUGGGGGUGGUGUGCAUGAAGUUUUAGGAAAUUCUUCGGCAUGCAUAUCAAAAAAUUUAGAGUUUUUAGAUUUGGGAGGGAAUCGACUUUCAGGUACUUUGCCUGAUGAAUUGGGGAAAUAUCAAAAGCUCUCUGUUCUUUUUCUUGAUGGUAACCUGCUUUCUGGUCCGAUUCCAAUGUCUAUAGGAAAUCUUUCUUCAUUGAGGACACUUUUUGUCUCUAGCAAUCAACUAAAUGGAACAAUUCCUGAAAGUCUCGGACAUCUUUCAAAUCUUGAACAAUUCUCCAUCUCUGACAAUUUAUUUGAGGGUUCUGUUUCUGAUGUGCUUUUUUCUAACCUAACAAAAUUGAAAAUACUUUAUGCCUCUUCAACCAACUUGUUGACUUUGCGAGUAAGUUCUAAUUGUCAACUUCGAACUUUAAUAAUGAAUUCAUGUAGACUAGGGCCACGAUUCCCUGCAUGGCUUCAAUCACAAAAAGAUCUUCGAGCUCUAUAUUUAUCGAAUGCAAGCAUUUCAGAUGUUAUUCCUUCUUGGUUUUGGAGCCUCAGUCCCCAAUUCGAAUGGUUGGAUCUUUCUCAAAACCAAAUUCAUGGCAGUAUUCCAAAUUUUUCUUCCGCAUACAGUAUUGAUCUUAGUUCAAACAACUUCUUUGGCCCUCUCCCCCAUAUCUUUUCUUCUAGCAUUAGGUAUUUAGAUCUUUCCAACAACUCAUUCCAUGGAUCUCUUUCUCCCCUCGUUUGUGAACAGAAAGAUAAAAUGAGAUAUGUUCAAGUUCUUGAUUUUUCAAAAAAUCUUUUAUCCGGAGAACUUCCAGACUGUUGGAUGAACUAUUCUGACUUACGAAUGUUAAUCUUGGGGAGCAAUAAGCUAACAGGAAAUAUACCGAGUUCUUUGGGUUCUCUAUCUGCGCUUGAGUUGUUGUCGUUGAAAAGAAACAAUCUGUCUGGAGAUUUACCAAUGUCCCUACAAAAUUGCAAAGGCCUAGUUACUCUCGAUCUCAGUGAGAAUCAUUUGUCUAGUGGCUUAUACAUUUGGUUGGGAAAUAGUUCAGCCUCUCUUAGAGUUCUUGUGCUUCGCUCAAAUAGGUUUCAUGGUAGUAUUCCUCAAGAGUAUUGUCACUUCAAUUUACUUCAAAUCAUUGACCUUUCUCAUAACAAAUUAUCGGGAUUCAUUCCGCAAUGCUUUGGUAAUUUGAGCGCAAUGGUGAGACAAGUCUCUGGCGAAACAUUUCGUACAACAGAAAUUAUCUUGAUAAUGAAGGGAGCAGAGUAUGAAUAUAGUCAGUCACUUUCUCUUGUCACAAGCAUGGACCUCUCGAGCAACAAUUUAAUUGGAGAAAUCCCUGAGGAACUCACCAGUCUUUAUGGCAUACGAUUCUUGAAUUUGUCCCAUAAUCAACUCCAUGGAAAGAUUCCUGAGAAGAUCAGUAACAUGACAUUAUUGGAAUCUCUCGAUGUCUCAACAAAUCAACUCAAGGGUGUAAUACCUCAAAGCAUGGCGAGUUUAACUUUCUUGAAUUAUCUGAAUUUAUCACACAACCACUUUUUCGGAAGAAUUCCCUCCGGCACUCAGCUUCAAAGCUUUAGUGCACAAAGUUUCAUUGGGAAUCAUGAUCUUUGUGGACCUCCACUUACGCCUAGCUGCGUUGGAGAUGACUCGUCCCUUGAGCCAACACCAAAUGUUGAUGAUGAAGGUGACGAGAAUGGGAAUCGUGGCCCUAGUCUCAAUGAAGCCAUUCUUAAAGUUCGAAGUUGA